AUGUUCGUCGAGCGUGCGAAUCCUGCCGGCAAAGGAAAACAAAGUGCACCGGUGACAAGUCAGGCUGUCGGAAUUGCCGCGAGGCCGGGAUCAUCUGUUGUUACACGGACGGAAAGAGAGAGAAAUCGAAAAGGUGAACAGUUGGCCAGUCUGUCAGCCAAGGUACAGGCGUAUGAAGAUGUGAUUAGAAAGCUAAGCAACCGAUUCGGGGUCUCCGAUGAGCAAUUGAUGAAUAUCGCACUAGCGGAGGGGACCCAUCAUCUGGAGUUGCACAACGAUGCCUACUCUGCAGCUUCUACGGAGCGUAAAUCCUCGUGGAGUUCUUCCGACACCGAACCGUCUCUUUCUCGAUCACCGUCUAUCGGGUCAUUUGAGGUGGACCACACAGAAGAAGACUUCAACAGAGAUGAGACAGCCCGUGCUACAGGGUUCAUUGGAAAGGGCUCGGAAAUUAAUUGGCUGCAGAAGAUAAAGAAGGAAGUCGAUCAGGAAUGCGAACCCUGCUCCAUCAAUGCACCAAGCCUCCCGGAUCACGAGCCCUGCUCCCCAUCCUCAGCGCCUCGGAUGGAAGGACAGCAUGAUUCCUCUGUGGCUUCGUUCAAUUACUAUCUGGACGACCUGGACAUGCGCUCUAGUGUGCAGCUGGAUCCAUAUGAGGUUCCCACGCGUGAGACGGCCACGAAACUGUUCAAUAUCUACCUCAAUGCCGUGCAUCCUUCCUUCCCGAUCAUCGGCAUUUCGACAUUCGUCUCUCAAUUCCAAGUUUUUUUCAACCAGCCGUCCUUGAAGCCCGGGAAAAGGUGGCUGGCAAUACUAAACCUCAUUUUCGCAGUUGGCGCAAAGUACUCGCAGCUUACGGACACGGAACCGCAGCAAGACAGUGAUGAGCACUUGAAAUAUUUCUCGAGAGCGAGGGUCUUGAGUUUGGAGGAUCAGACUUUCCAGCAUCCGGAUCUGCAACAGCUACAAGUCGAAGGGCUAGCCUCCUUCUAUCUGUUAGCAUUGGGCCAUGUCAAUAGGUCGUGGAAAUUAAUCGGCAGUGCGGUUCGCGGGGCCCUGUGUCUUGGCCUUCAUCUGCGCAAUGUGGGAUCAUGUACUUCCGAUAUCUCCAAAGAGAUCCGAUAUCGUGUUUGGUGGUCACUAUAUACCAUUGAGCAUCUCCUCACCGUGAUGACAGGACGUCCGUCGUGUAUUACCGACAACUCCUGUACAACGCCGCUUCCGGUUCCGUUCGAUGAGAGUGACUUUCAGAAGAAAGAUGUCGCCCGCCUGAUUAGCAGUCCGCUAAGGGGAAAUCCAAGUCAACCAGAACGGAUUUCAGUGUGCUCCGGCACACCUGGUAUGACUGCCUCUUUGGACUCCGAUUCCAACGAGGUACCGUCCGGCACCAAGGAUGCAGAGAUGGGCAAGGCGGAAUACCUAAAGAGUCUUCCUCCUUGCAUGUCUCUAUACUUCCUGCAGCUAGCCUCUCUGACGUCCAUCUCUAAAAGAAUGACGGUUAAGCUUUACAGUCCGGAAGCUGCACAGUCUCCUUGGGCGACCACUGAAUUCACCAUCCAAAGCCUAAUGCUUGACAUCGAUUCAUGGCUUAUGAACCUGCCGCCUGCUUACGACUUUACUUCUGCGCAAACGUCCCAAUGUCCCGCGUCACAAAGAAUGGGUCUUGCUCUUUUCUUUUACAGCACGAAGAUCGGAAUUACCCGACCGUGCCUUUGCCGCUUGGACUCAUCCGGUCUCCAGAGCGAUAAGACGUACGAAUUCUGCAAUAAUGCUGCCGCAGAGUGUGUGGAAUCGGCUUGCCAUAUGCUGACUCUGUUCCCCGAUACGCCAGACGGGGCUCUUUUGCAUAAAGUGUCUCCUUGGUGGUGCAUAUUGCAUUUCCUCAUGCAAGCAACUACAGUGCUUCUCCUCGAGCUUGCCUUUAAGGUACAGCAUGUGCCGGACAAGGAACCCAUGAUCUCUAAAGCGGUUAAAAAGGCCAUCGAGUGGCUGUUUGCUUUGUCAAAGGCGAACCCGGCGUCAGAGAGAGCUUGGAGGCUGUGCGAUGGAUUUUUGCGUCGCCUGGCGCCCGGCGUUGGUAUCGACGUGGGUGAUAUUCCACGCGGCGAUGAUUCUACUCCCAAUGCCCAGAUUGAGGUUCCAUUUGACCUUCCUCCUUCCCCGACUGCUGCUGUGCAGGCCGCCGCUGCCAGCACCGAGGCCAUCGGUAUUGACUUGGAUUCGAUCGCUUACUCGCCAAUGGAUAGAUCAAGUACACCACUUGCUAUGCCACUUUCCUAUGGUGUAGAUCCAUCAGACACGCUAGAAUUUUUAAAAUCUGGGAAGUCACUGGAUGUUCGCAACCCAUACGACGAAUACCUUCCCUACGAUGCAGCCGCCGGUCAAAUUACGGGAUCGUUCUUCCCUACGACGAACAUCGAUUUCGACCUGGGCGGGUAUCUCUGCUUAAUCUAA